AUGACAUCCAACAACCUACCUUUAAAUCCACCAUUCACUUUCACCGGUGAAAAUUACCAAAUUUGGUCUGUGAAGAUGCAAGCUUUUAUGGACGCAUAUGAACUUUGGGAAACUGUGACGGAAGAUAAACCACUUACUGCUCUACCAGCAAAUCCUACCUUAGCUCAAAUCAAAUCCAACAACAAAGAGAAGGCAAAGAAAUCUAAAGCCAAGUUGCUUAUGCAGAAUGCUAUGGCAGAUUCUGUGUUUUACAGAAUCAUGGCUUGCAAAAUAGCAAAAGAGGCUUGGGAUAGGUUGAAAGAAGAAUAUCAAGGCAGCGAUAGAACACGUCAAAUGCAAGACGAUGAAACAAUCAGUAAGUAUGCUGAUCGAAUCUCCUUAAUUGUUAAUAACAUUAGACUUCUUGGUGAAGAAUUUACAGACAAACGAAUUGUGGAGAAAGUUCUUGUGACUCUUCCUGAGAGGUUUGAAUCUAAGAUUUCCUCUCUUGAAGAAUCCAUGGACCUGGGAAAACUUUCAUUAGGUGAACUAAUGAGUUAUCUUCAAGCACAAGAGCAAAGGAGGACUAUGAGAAGGGACAAGUUCACUGAAGGAUCUUUCUCUGUACAAAAACAAAUAUUUGGUAAAGGAAAGCAACAGGUCAACCAAAAGAAUAAGGGCAAGCAUGAUGGAGGAAAUAAUAGUGGAGAUGUGAAGCAGAAUUCCCUCUAUGCAAACAUUAUGGGGCACAUAUCCAAGGUCUGCAAAUCAAGAGCAAAGGCCUCUGGUGCUUUGCAAGCACAGGUAGCAGAAGCUGUAGAUGCACAUGAGGAGCAACUCUUUGCGGUUUCAUACUUUUCAAUCAAUGAAUCCUCUGAUUCAUGGCUUCUUGAUAGUGGUUGCACACAUCACUUGUGCAAUGAUGCUGAAAUGUUCAAAUUCCUCGAUGAUACAUAA